ACGUCACGCGGCAUCUGUGAAAAUUUUAACUGUCUAGCUAUCACGGUUCAUGAGAUGACAGACGGACGGACGGACAGCGGAGUCUCGGUAAUAGGGUCCCGUUUGACACUUUGGGUACGGAACCCUAAAAACGAGCGGCUAUUCUGUGAAGAUAAUUCUCGUCAGCAGUGUUAGCUGAGUGAUAUCGUGGAAGGUCACAAGAUGUCGCUGCAUUCAACAAAAUUAAAGGAAAUAUUUUUAUCGGACUCAAGGUUGUUCUAAAUGCGAUUAACAAUAAUAUUUUUAUAAUGAAUGACAACGCCUAGUUACACUUACAUUUUUUUAACUUGCCACACUAUUCAAUAACGUACGCGAAUGUUGGACAACAUUAUUCAUCUCGCUCGUGCCCACUUUGGUACUCAGCUUAGAAAAUAUUCUAUCCUGCUCUACCGCCUGGUUAAAUUGACGACGAAAGGAGAUCAGAUCGUUCGGCUUCGGUCCUCGGGGUCCCCUAUGACUAGCCAUCUGGGUGAUAGUAGUGUGCGUAGUGUAGUGGUUGUGUUGUAUUUGUAUUCCUCUGAUCCACUCAGUCAGUCAGUGUAGUGAACGAAACGAAAGGAACAGAACACUGAACGAUCGGAACGGUCAUAUCAGCCAGUCAGUUCACCUUCGUCGGCUGAUCGUGGACAUCGAUAGAAGUAUUUAAUUCUGUUUUAGUUUUAACCUAUCACGCUUUUAGUUACGUGCAUUUAUGCACUUCUAAUAAAAUGCGUUUAUCGAGAGUGUAUUAGAAAUUCAAACUUAUCAAGAUAUUAUAGUCAAGACGUCUACAAUGUGAGGUUGACAUUACAUAUUGUUAUGAUGUGAUGAAACGCAAGUAAACUACGAAAGUCUUGUGUGCUUCUUUAAGAUAUUUUCAUAAAAAUGAGACAUGCAUCCAACCGAAAUGCAAAAAAGUGUGUCGGUGCAAGUAGACAGUGAUUUUGCUUUGCUGCUGCCGAGUGGUGUCUACGAAAUUAAGAAAAUGGAGCCAAGAUCGAAACUACGAAAAGUAAUACUAUUCUGUUUACUACUCUCUCUGUUCGGAAUGGUUGCUUUUGGAUAUUUCUGCCCAGAUCAGGUGUGCGCCGUGACGCCUCGGGAGCGGGUGUCGGAGCCGGCCGCGCUCACGUACGCGGAGGCGCCCGGUCGGCCGCUCCCCGACGCUAUGGCUCAGCGCGGCCUCUCCUAUGAUGAAGUGCUCCAUGAUGAUUUCCGUUUCGACCUCAAUGCGCACGACGUCAUGGUCUUCCUGCACAUACAGAAAACCGGUGGCACAUCUUUCGGGAAACAUCUUGUUAUGGACCUUGAUCUAAAGAGGCCGUGUAACUGUCAGAGGGCGAGAAAACGAUGCCAUUGUUUUCGUCCGCACAGCAACGAAAUAUGGCUCUUUUCGAGAUACUCUACAGGAUGGAAGUGCGGGUUGCAUGCGGACUUCACGGAGCUGACAGCGUGCGUGGGCAGCGAGCUGGACCGGCACGAGGGCUCGGCCGUGCACAGGAGAUACUUCUAUAUCACCUUACUGCGGGAGCCAGUCUCUAGGUACCUUUCGGAGUACCGUCACGUGAAGCGCGGCGCGACGUGGAAGGGCUCUCGACAUUGGUGCCAGGGCCGCACGGCCACGGCCCUGGAAGUACCGGCGUGCUACAGCGGCGAGACGUGGCGCGCGGUGACGCUGGAGGAGUUCGCGGCGUGCCAGUGGAACCUGGCCAACAAUCGGCAGACGCGCAUGCUGGCCGACCUGGCGCUCGUGGGCUGCUACAACGGCACGCUGCGCCACCGCACGCCUGACUCCGACCGCGUGCUGCUCGCCUCCGCCAAGAGGAACCUCGCCGCCAUGGCCUACUUCGGCCUCACUGAGUUCCAGAAGAUAUCGCAGUACGUGUUCGAGGAGACGUUCAACCUGCGGUUCGCGGUGCCGUUCACGCAGCAUAACGCGACGGUGUCGGGCGCCACGCUGGCCGCGCUGUCGCCCGCGCAGGUGCAGCACAUCAAGCAGCUCAACUCGCUCGACCUAGAGCUCUACGAUUUUGCCAAGAACCUCAUGUUCAAGAGGUUUGAGGCCCUGAAGAAACGGGACUCCGACUUCGAAUACCGCUGGCGGCACCUGGGCGAGGUGGCCCCGCGCAGCGGCGUCACGGAGUUCGACUGGGACAGCAACCUCGAGGACGCCACCACGGAGAAGUACCGCGGCCGGCGGUAAGCGCCCCAACACUAGUCAACCACCCCUCCUACCCAACCUAGCCGCCAACACGUCAUUCAUAUAAAUACGUUCGUAGUUACACCAGUUAAUACUAUAAACUCUAAAUGUUAACAUAGGUCUGUACAAAUAUUUACAAAUAUCUUCGAGCAGAACUAGUGUUUUGCUAAUGUUUUCUUUAUAGAUUCUUCGUAACAUCCUUGUCUUUAAGCUAUUUUAAAUAUUAUUUUAUGAUAAGUUUCGUAGACGUUGGCAUCUACACAUUGUGCUAUAAUUCCAUCCCUUGUAAUUAUAAUGACUAAAUAUAAAUUAUAUUUUAUCCCGUUAUUAUAUGAAAAGAAUGUUAAUGUUGAAACAGGGUAGGUAAUGCAUCUAGGAUGAGCCCAACGAAGUAGCUUUUAAUGUAAUUAUCUGGGAAAAUGAAGAGUGACAUGACUUAUAAGAGUUAUAAGAUACCCGAUGACUAGGAUUUGUUUUUAAAAACACUUUCCUAUGGAUUAUAUGAUAUAAUGACCGACAAGUAUAUAUUCGAUAUUUACCAUCAGCUUUAUUUUAAUGUAUAUGUUUACGUCGUAUUGGAUAUUGUAUUGGUUCUACAGAUACUCUUAUUAUAAUUUAAAUAGUCUCAUUUUAAUUAGCCAAAGAUCAAAAAAUGGAAAUAAGUCAUACUCAAAAUAAUUGUAAAGGUUUUAUGUAAGUACGAUUAUACGGUUCACUUUUAAUGGUAACUGUAGGCCUUCGUGUGGCUGGGUUAGAGAGGCUCGGGCUUGCCCUCAUACUGGCAGCUUCGUUUGGCUGCCACUUUACAUUACGUGCUAUUCUUAACAAUAAGCCAUUUAUUUGCACAGGUGUAAUAAACGUAAAGAUGUGUUGAACAAAUUAUUAAGACAUGAUUUCAAUCAGUAAAAAAUUUUUUUACGAUCGACUACUUAAUCCGUCAGCCACACAAUGGGUCCUGAAUAGUUACUGUCAGCUUUAUCAAACAAAAGUGUUCUACGUGUUGUUAUUAAAAUAAUUUGGCCGACCGUUUUAGUUUCGUCCAAUUAUAAUUUACAUAUCUUUAUCAAUUAGGUUAGAGUGUUAAGUAUAUACAGUGUUAAGUGUAUAAGUAGGUUAUAUUAUUAAAUCACUUAAGUGAUCUCUCAAACCAAGCACACGGCAAGGCAGCGGCUAAUAGAAUAAGGUUUUAAUUUGUAAUUCGCGAACAAAUUACUAUUAAUAUACUGAUGUUUAAAACACACGCAUACCUACUGUUGUAUUGUAUAAAGCAAUAGAUUUAACAAGCCGCCGCUUUCACUACUGGCAUGUGCUGCGACGUUUCUAAUUUCAAGUAGCAUUCAACGUUCAUACAAGCGUAUUCAUUAGUCGUCCAACUAAUUCAACCAUUGGAAGUUACACGUUAAGUACAUGUGUGUACACGUUAUUACCUACCGUACCUACGUUAGUACCUACUGUAGGUAUUAUAGUUACCACGAAUUUCUCUUAAUCAACAAGUCUGUUGGUUCCGGUUAAGGCUUAUGGCUAAUCAGUAUUUUUAUGAGUUAUUCAAAAUUCAAUAAUACUUAUAGUCUAUUCAUUGUGUUGUUUAUAAUGAAUAAGAUUUCUAGGUCUAUCAGAAAACCCAAAAGUUAUAUUUCCAGCUAUACUCAAUCUAGCCUUUGUUCGUGGCUCACCAUACUUGCAAUCCAACGAGUACUUAAGUCCUAAGUUCAAAUUUGUUUUGCGACCCGAUCCCUUAACUAAUACGACUUUUAGGUCCUUGUAAACAAAAGGUAGAGAAUACCUGAGUUGCUGUAGUCCGAUUGUCGCCACAGCAUCCAGAUUUCAAAGAGUACUACUAAAAUAUUAUAAAUAUUUUUGAUGAAAAAUAUGGAAUAUUCUAUUAGUAUACUUAUUCAGAAAAUGUAAUAAAUAAAUAAUAAUCUUACACAAAUCGACCCAGUCCUACAGUGCGCUCAAUAAGGCUUGUGUUAUGGGUAAUAGAUCUAGAUCUAGCAUUUUUAUUACUUAGCUAUGUAAUGUAUUUACUAACUAAAUUGUAUACCUGGCAUGAAUCCAUAAAAAACUAUGAAUCCAUAAUCGAUUUUCAUGUCAUAGCUGUGUCUGAAGCACUGCCAAUAGAUGUGUUUGUUUUCUGGCGAAUAGUAUUUGAAACAAUGUCGUUUCCCGAAACAGAAGGAUUGAUCAUUGUACGAUCACACUUUUAUCGCAGCGUGCGGCAGAGAGGUCGACCUUUGACAAUAAAUUCGAUAGCUACAACUUGUCUUGUGUUGAUUUUGUUCGCUUAGCUGAUACGUAGAUGAUGCAUUUUGCUAGAUAAUCGAUUGAUUCUUUAAAAGACAUGUUUUGUAUGUUACUCAGGCGUGUGAAACGUAUUUUUUACCUAUUUAUCUAUGUGUGAUGUAGUCAUUGUUUUUCGUCUGAUUGAAAUUGUUCGCUGACAAAAUGUCAACGGUACUGGCAUGCCAUUGCAUGCCAUUACUUAGUCACUCCACAAGUUCCGUCACAAAGGCUUUGGCUGAUAAAAUGUAAUACAACUUUUUUCAUUAAAUAAAAAUCGGCAAAGAGCAUGUCGGGCCUUGCUCAGUGUAGGGUUCCGUAGUUACCAUUCUUUAAGAAUAGGCUAAAGGGGGCUAAAUUAGUAAGUAUCAUGUACACUCAGCUGAAGUGAUCCCCGCUGCAAACAAAUCACUUUUCUCUACAGCUGACUGUCCAUUGCAAGCAUAAGGGAGUGGAGGUCCCCAAAAAGUUAUCUACUUUAGUUUUUAUUUUACCGUUUGGUUGCCAUGCAUGAUUUAAUACAUGAUCCAUGCCAAAUUACAUCUUUUUGGCAACAACGGUCACGGAUCAAAGCUGCGGACGGACAGAUAGAUGGACGUGGAGAAACUAUAAAAACUUACUUAUACAUUAAGGAUUCCUAUUUGACUACCGAACCCUAAAAAUGUAGCCAUGAUUUAAAAGCUUGUUCAAUAUUCGUCAAAGCGUAAUAUAAUUAAUUUAAAUUUUAAAUGGUGACUUAUUUACUUCUUAUUUCCUUUGUGAUUGUCGUUAGGCGCGAAUACGCUGCUAAAUUGUGAAAAAUGAUCCUUGACAAAAGGGAGUAAAAAUUAAGUAGUAAAAAAGUGUCACAGCACAUUAAUAAAAUAUGUACAAUUGUUUAUGUGUAUAAGCCAAAUUUAUUAGAUCAUAAUUUGUCACCGGCAUUUAUAGAGUAAUGUUAUAUAUAAUGUUUAGUAGCACGCCUAGAUUUGACUGCCAUACAACAAGUAGGAUUGGUAAAACAUGUGCCGUAGCAAUCUUGUUAGUCCAAUUCACGUGAUUUUGAUAUAUCAAAAUAAAGAUAAAGAUUCAGCUUUUGCGUUAUGCUAGAUUUAAGCAUGUAAAAAAGGCAAAUAAAUAAAUAGGGCCACCAUUUUUUUUUUAAAUUGAAAAUGACCUCGACAAGGAACGUGUUAUUUGACGUUUUAAUUCUAUGACUUCUUCCGAAUAUAACAUAGAAUCAUGCAAUACUCCGACAGCAACGUUACGUUAAAUUAUACUGCAAGUAAUUCACUAUUAAAUAAGCUUUUAAACCAUAUGCAUGAAUAAUAAAAGGGACCUGUAACUUUCUUAUCAGUAAAAACCUUCGUGACGGAACUUAUGGGCAGACUAAUGAACUAUAGAUUUAAAUAAGAUUAAUGUUUGUUAUUAUGAUUAUAUGAUAUGAAUAUUUUUUCGGUGUGUAAAAAAUAUUACACUAAGCCCUGUGAUAAAAUCUUUAUGCACCCAAUAUUUCAAAAUAAUCCAUCGCAUAAUCCAGAGCUUUAUAUUUUGUUCUCUGCUUAAAAUACAAUUAACUUUUAGCCUCCUACACCCUUUUCCGUACAAAUGUUAAGUGACCAAAUCAGUUACAAGGUAUUUCAGAUGGUCUCUUAACUUUUUUAGUUAAAAAAAGAUAUGUCUUAUAUUUUAGGUCACUUAUUUGUAGCGAUGAUACCAGUUUAAGGCAUGACACUUCAUCGGUUGCGGUGUGAACUGCUCAUGUGCAUGUGGGAAGUGUUCGAUCAGAAGGGAAAGGGUGCCCGGGAACGUUGGCCGAAAGUAAUGGGUGCAAUUGCCAUAUAUCGAGUUAGCCAUUUAUAGAGCACGUAAAUGUUAUUCUUAACGAUUGUCGUAUUAGGUGUUACGAGUGACUUAUCGAAUGCGCGUAUCAAAUAGCUGCACGUACAAGUGCCGAUUGUGGUCUUGUACCAAAUUUUAGGAUAAGGUUUAUUAAGUUCCAGACUGAACCAAAUCAUAUGACGUCAUGUUGUGUUAAUAAACACUAAGUAAUAAAAUAAAUGAAUACAAAAUA